AUGUAGAAAGACAGUAAUUCAGGAAAUGAUUAAGGAUAUUGUUAUGGAUAAGGAUAUGAUGCAGCAUCCGGAAAUUAUGAUCCAUCAACUGCGGAAGCUGUAGGUUAAGGAUUUGAUGCUUUAGUGUGUGACCUAAGUGGCAAUAAAGGAGCAUAUGAAUAAGGUUAUAAAGAUGGAUACAAUUAAACUAACCCAUUCGCUGGAAUAUCAAGAAAAUCAGACAAAUGA